AUGGCGGAUCACCAGGCGAUCCUCGAGGAGGAGUUUGAGGUGCUCGAGUCCAUCUUCCCCGACGAGCUUGAGAAGGUCGACGAUAAUGAGGUCCGGAUACGCGUGGAGCCCGAGGAGGAGGUGACGGGACACCCUUUGACACUCGCUCUCGUGGUCACCUACCCGCCAACCUACCCGGAUGUCAUCCCCGACAUGUCUCUGGAGGAGAUUGACGAGGAAAUGGGCACACUGAGGGAGGGCGAGGACGAGGAGGUUCUGAUCAAGCUGCGGGAGGUGGCAGAGGAGUCCCUUGGCAUGGCCAUGACUUUUACCAUUGCGACUGCGGCCCGUGAGGCGCUUUCCGAGCUCAUCGUUUCGCGCAUUGCCAAGGAGGAGGCGGCUGAGGCUGCCAAGACCAAGGCCUACGAGGAGGAGGAGGCACGCAAGACCCGCGGCACACCACUCACAAAGGACCUGUACAUCAAGUGGCGCGAGGCCUACCGCGCCGAAGUGGCUGCCAAGCGGGUCAAGGCCGAGGAGGAUCGCGUCCGUGGCCUGCCUGCAAAGGAGCGCGAGGAAUGGCGUCGUCGCAGGGACAGGCUGAGUGGCCGGCAGCUGUUCGAGACGUCCAAGGUCUCGGCUACCUCGGACGAAGCGCUUAUCGGUGCCGAGGACGCUACAUCGGUCGAUGUCUCAAAGUACUCGCGCGAGGAGCGUGACCGUCUCCGCUGGGAGGAGGAACAGGAGGGCGCUGGCAUUGCGCUGGAUGAGAGCGACGACGAGUAG